AUGGCUCAGUGGUUAGAGCGCGAAUUUACUAACCGGAAGGUCCGUGGUUCGAAUCCGAUCUCUGUCUCUCGACUUCCCCUGGCUCGGCUUGGGAAGUAUCCCAGCCCUCGUGCUGCCUACGGGCAUGGCGAGAGAAAACUUGUAUUUGAAACACUAAAAAUGCUUUUUCGCUCGCAAGAGAAAGGUCUCACAGUCGAACUGUUGCCUCAACCUUAUGGUAAAGAAAAGAGUAAAUGUGGACGGGGAAAGGACUUAGUGCUAGCUCACCACAAUCAUUCCGAGGUGCAUACACCUCCAGACAUUCACUCAGGCAAUCUGGAUAGAAACUGA